AUGGAGAUUGAGGACUCAUCGGGUCAAGUAUCUAUUGGGUUUCCUCUGGGUUUGGCCCUUCUCGUUACCUUGUUAUUGUUCAUUUGCUGCUUCUUUUGCUGCUGUUUACAUUGGAACAAGCUACAAUCUUUGUUUUCAUCUUCUGGGGUUAUCAACUCUCAGGCUCAGAUACAAGUAAACUUUACAUCCUCUCCACAGAAACCAGGGUUUCCUGUUUUGAUGAUGAAGCAGAACCAAGCUAGGAGCUUGCCUGUGCUGAUGCCAGGAGAUAAGGUCCCAAGAUUCAUAGCACUAGAAUGCCCAUGUCAGCCUCCAACAGAAGACAGGAUCACAAUCCAUGUGUCGAAGGCAGCACCGAGUGAUUUUAUUAUUUAA